AAGGCACCGUGCCACUAGCACGUACAUGUUACUAAGAUUGCAGAAUUUAAUCCAUAUACAAAUUCUAUAUAUAAUUCAUCAUCUUCUCAAAUGAGUCAACUUUGAACACAAUGCCUACCAUCAACAAAAAGCUCUUACUCAACACCACCGCAGUCCACAUCGGCUGCGGUGGCGGCUGCCGGAGACUCAAACUCUCCAAAAUCUUCAACCCUAAACUCUACAAACACAAACCCUACUACCACCACUCCUCCGCCUCCACCUCAUGGACCACCACCCCCUCAACCACCACCACCACAUUCUCACCGGACUCAACGGCAGAAUAUUCUGAAGUAAGAAGCUCUAGAGCCGUUCUAGGGUUUGGAAAGAUCGGCGGCAACAGUCUAGCGGUGGAGAAAGAUUCCGAUGACCCGUACGUUGACUUUCGAGAGUCAAUGUUGCAGAUGAUAAUGGAGAAGGAGAUUUAUGGGAGAGAUGAUUUGAGGGAGCUUUUGAACUGCUUUUUGCAGUUGAAUGAUCCAUAUUAUCAUGGGAUUAUUAUUAGGGCUUUUACUGAGAUUUGGAACAAUGUGUUGUGUGUCAAACUCAUGCAUGGGGAUCAAUGAUUUGAUUUUGUUGGA